UGUUACGCCACUUCCGUGAUGAUUCUGAAGGUUCUCACUGCCCUGACAGCAUCGAUGCGAUUAAAGAACUGACACGCAGAAAAGUGUUGGAAACAGAUAAAACAGAGAUCAUGCGCUGGUUCGAGGGCUCAGUUCCAGCAGCCAUCGCCGCCUCCAAACAGCUGAACUCUGUUUUCGUCGUCGUCAUUACAGGAGACGAUGAGCAGUCCAAACAGAUGCUGUCCAGUUGGGAGGAUGACCGCAUAGCAGAGCUCACGAACAAUUGCUGUGUUGCAAUUAAAGUAGAUGCUAAAAGUGAGACGUGCGUCCAGUUUUCACAGAUAUAUCCGGUGGUGUGCAUUCCAUCCAGUUUUUUCAUAGGUGAGAAUGGCAUUCCCCUGGAGGUCAUCGCUGGCGGCGUCUCUGCAGAGGAGCUUACAAAGAGGAUAAACAAGGUCAAACAGAUGCACUCUCAGCAGAUGGGCAGUGGGGCCCAGGCCAAUGCAGAGAGAGACAUGCAAACAGAGGGUUCCUGUGCAGCCCCGGAUGCAGCUCCCUCUGCUUCUGAAAGCCAUUCUGUAAACAGCCCAGCCAUCGCAACAGAGAAUACCUCCACUGUUGCUACAUCUAAAGAAUCUCUGUCCAUGCCUGUGGAUGAAGGAGGGGCUUCAGGUCAUGCGACUCCAGGUGAGGAUAGAAGCCUGUCAUCAGAUGACACAUCACAGGCCUCUCAAGCAGAGGAACCCUUGGACGCCAAGGUUGAGAGGUUAACAAAGAAACUGGAGGAGAGACGGGAACAGAAAAAGAAGGGUGAAGAAGAGAACGAGAUAAAGAAGGAGAUUGAGCGGCGAAAGCUGGGGAAGGAGAUGUUGGACUUCAAACGGAAGCAGGAGGAGGAGAAGACCAAGCGCAUACUGGAAGAGCGGAACAGGGAAAAGGCUGAGGAGAAAGCAGCCAGGGAGAGGGUCAAGCAGCAGAUUGCUCAGGACCGUGCAGACCGGGCAGCUCGCUAUGCUAAGAACAAGGAGGAGGCUGAGGCAGCCAGAAUAGCAGCAUUACAAGCCAGACAGGCAGAGCAGGAGAUGAAGAAAGAGGCCACAGAGAGAGAGAGAAGUGCUGUCGCCAGAAUACAGUUCCGCCUGCCCGAUGGUUCCUCCUUGACCAAUCAGUUCCCCUCAGAGACACGGCUGCAGGAGGCCAGGCAGUUUGCUGCUCAGGAGGUGGGCAACAGGUAUGGCCACUUCUCUCUGGCUACCAUGUUCCCCAGGCGAGAGUUUACAGCAGAAGAUCUGGGGAAGACUCUUCUGGAGCUGGAGCUAGCCCCAAGCGCCUCCAUCGUCCUGCUGCCGCAAUCAGGCAGGCCGACUAACACCGUAGUCCAGUCUUCUGGCGGGGGUGGAAUCUGGGCACUGCUGGGGACCAUCUUGUACCCCCUGCUGGCUGUGUGGAGGUUCCUCAGUGGGUUCUUCUUCAGCAGCCCUCCACCUGGGGCAGCAGCGGCAGCAGCAGCAGCCUCCCGCACUCAGCAACGCUCAUCAAACUCCUACAACUCAGCAUCCACUGGAGAACCAAAGAGAGAAACGGUCCGCAAAAGGGUCUUAGAGAAGCGUCCAGAAGACUUCAAAAAAGACGGCAAAAUCUACCGGCUAAGAACUCAAGAGGACAGCGAAGAUGACAACAACACGUGGAACGGCAACUCCACUCAGCAGAUGUAGUGCAAUAACGCUAGUCUCUCUCUUUCUCUCUCUCUCUCUCUUUUGCCCAGUCAUCUCCUCUGUCUCUCUCUGACCCAGGUUGACUUUGAGUGCGCAUCUUAAUGGUGGAUUAUGCUGAAUUAGGGCUAUGAUUUUCAUUUCACCCAUCUCUCUCUCCCCUUUCUCUACAAGUGAACCCUUUUUUUGCAUGGGUAGAUAAAAUCAAGCUAAUCUCUUGCGUCAGUUUGAAUGGAGGUCCCGUCUGUGUGCAGACUACUUGAUUUAGCUUUCAGAGUACAGUUGGAGAUGACUUCUUGUCUUGAAGUCUAAAAAAAUAAAAAUAAAAAAAAACUUGACCUGCGCUCUAAACUCAAGGCUUGUUGCUGCAAGGACCUUCUGGCUUUUUAUUUAACUGUAUCCUGUAUGACGUCAAAAAAAAAAGUUUCCAGUAAAGAAAAAAGUGUGAAGGGUUUCGGUGCAUGGGGACCCAGCAACCAGUGUGUUUUAUAUGGAUGCUUGGACCCCUUGGCAUGACCUGCCUUGGCAAUAGAAUGUUUCUACUAGUUGACCAUGGAAGUCAGUUUACCACUGUCAUUUAACAAAAGAAUAAAGAUGUUUUUCAAUUACUUU